UAAAGAUGCCGAGUUUUACUUUAUUUACGACGGAUCCCAUCAGAGGCACAUCGUGAUGGCAGAGCGCACGGGGGACAGCGUUCUCCAGUCCCGCGUUCCAGGCCACGGGCUUCAGGAGACGGUGACGGUGUCUGUGUGCCUGUGCUCGGAAGGUUACUCCCCGGUGACCAUGGACUCCGGUUCGGUGACCUACAUGGACAACAUGGCCUGCAGGCUGGCCCGUCUGCUGGUCACCCAGGCCCAUCGCCUCACUGCCAGUAGCCAUCAGACGUUGCUGACCCCGUUUGCCCUGACGGUGGGAGCAUUGCCUGCCUUGGACGAGGAGCUCGUGCUGGCGCUGACCCAUCUGGAGUUGCCGCUUGGGUGGACUGUCUUGGGAAGUUCUUCACUUGAAGUUGUUCUUCCCAGAGAGUCUCUGCUCCACUUGGCUGUGCGAUGGGGCCUGCCUAAGUUGUCCCAGUUCCUCGUGUGCCUCCCGGGGGGAGCUCAGGCCUUGGCUUUGCCCAAUGAAGAGGGUGCCACGCCUUUAGACUUAGCUUUAGAUGGUGGACACUCCACGCUGGCCGAAGACAUCACAAAUUUCCAGGGCAGACGCUCCCCGGGCUGCUCCCGAGCGCGGCUCAGCGAAGAUGCCGUCCUGCGGUACACCCACGCGUCGGAAACGCUCACGCUGACGCUGAACCACACGGCCGAGCAUCUGCUGGAGGCCGAUAUUAAACUCUUCAGGAAAUACUUUCGGGACAGAGCCUUUCUCUCCAAGACUCUUGAAGAGCAAGAAACCAGGCGGGAGGAAAGCCCAGACAUGCCCUCCAGUGCUGCAGAAACCGAGGAAGAGAUUAAGAAUUUGGCGUCCAGUAGAUCGUCGCCUGAACAAGAGGAUGGAAAGUGUGUGAAAAGCAUGGAGGUCGAACCGAAUGAACAUGAAGACCAGGACAGUCGAGAUUCAGAUCGCUCCCGUGAGACCCUCAAACAGCCCACGCAGCGCCCCGUGUUCCCUGCUGCCGGCGGCCUGUCCGACGUGCUGAAUGGCGGCGACGAAGUCUGCGCCGACUGCGUGGAGGCAGCUCAGGUUGGUGAUUUGGACAUUAACUAUAUAAACUUAGAGGGAAUCACUACAGACACCUGCCCUGAAUCCAUGGGCUCUACUCUGGGACCUCAGAGCUGUGAGCAUAUCCUUUCUGCUGAAACCAGCCCUGGCAUGUACCCGCCAAGUGAGAACAGGGAAAUAACAGCAAAUACUGAAGCCCAGCAGCCCUUCACAUCACCAUCUCGGUCCUGUGUCUCCCACCUAAAUCUCUCUUUUGGUCGUCAUGGAUUUGAGAAGGAGCAAAGUCAUCUAAAGAAAAGAAGCUCCAGCCUGGACGCCCUGGAUGCGGACAGCGAGGGGGAGGGGCCCCCGGAGCAGCCCCGCACCCGCUACACGCCGGUGUCCCAGAGCUCCUCCAGGACCGGGCUUCCUAGCGGCGACGAGUUCGACUCUUUGGAGACCAGCGCCGAGCCCGACUUUAACAUCUCCAGGACUGAGUCACUUUCCUUAUCAAGUAACCUGCAGUCAAAGGAGUCAUUGCUUUCUGGGGUCCGCUCACGUUCUUAUUCCUGCUCGUCACCCAAAAUUUCUUUGGGAAGAACUCGGCUGGCGCGUGACUUUACAGCGUGCAACUCAAGUGAAGGUGAGCAGUUUUUACCACUUGGCUUGGAGAGCCUUCUAGUCCCAGCAGAGCUGCAGGUAGUCUAGGUACAUACAACGCACAAGAGCAGCAGGCAGGAGUUUUCCAUUUUACUUUCACCAUUGAUUUU